AAAAACUAAGUGUUUCAAUCCUGAAAGUCACAGACGUUCACCAACUUCCAUGCAUAAUAAUUAAUCACUUGGUUUUCCCCUUAUAAAAAUGAAUUUCUCAAAAAUAACAGACUUUGACAUCGUUGACGAUUCUAUUAACGACCGUGAUAUUAUUAGGAAAAUUAUUGAAUCUCAAGAAGAGGAAGAUUCCUUUUUUGUUUUUGAUGUUUGUGAUUUAGUAAACAAACAUAAAACGUGGUUGAAAAAAAUUCCGAGAGUGACACCCCACUUUGCUGUGAAGUGCAAUUCCAGCCCACUCGUAAUUAAAACUUUGGCAGCACUCAAUGCAAACUUCGAUUGUGCAUCACUGCAAGAAAUAGUGCAAGUUAUGGAGUUCGGAGUGACCGGAGACAGAAUCAUUUUUGCUCAUCCAGUGAAAUUUCCAUCGCAUAUUAAAUUUGCUAAAAAUGUUGGGGUUUAUAGGAUGACAGCAGAUAAUCCAAACGAACUUCAAAAAAUUAAAGAUCUCUUUCCAGAAGCUCAAAUAGUUAUUCGAAUCCGUUGCGAUGCUGAGUUUGCAGAAAUUAAUCUUGGGAAUAAAUUUGGUUGCGACCCAGAUCAGGAGGCAAUCGAAAUGAUACAUUUAACUAAAAAUUUAGGCCUCAAUUUACAUGGCUUUAGUUUUCACGUUGGUAGCCUUUGUGGAGAAAUGACAGCAUAUAGUCGCGGGAUUAGAAUUUGCAAAAAAUUAGUCGAUUAUGCGAAAUCAGUUGGCUGUAAUGAUGUUCGUCUUAUCGAUAUCGGUGGCGGAUUUCCUGGUGAAUCUAAUUAUGAUAUAGACCAGUUCGCGGGAGUCAUAAACGAUGCUCUGAAGGACAUUGAUUCAACUAUAACAGUAAUCAGUGAACCUGGGAGAUACUACGUUACGUCAGCUUUCAAGCUGAUUGCUUACUUGCAUGGCAAGAAGGCGAUUAUUGAUAAGGAUCAAAGAAGAUAUGUGUACUACAUUAACGAGGGUGUGUUUGGAUCAUUCAAAGAUGAAUUGAUGGGUCUGGAAACCAGAUUUCCCAUUUCUCUCAAUGGAACUGCCAGUAAUGAAGAAUUUUUGAGCACCAUGUGGGGACAAACAGCUGAUAAUCUUGAUUGCAUCCUAAAGACUGUACCACUUCCUGAAUUUGAAAUUGGUGACUGGUUAAUUUGGAAAGAUAUGGGAGCCUAUACUUUGUCACUGGCUUCCUCUUCUCAUGGUUUUAAUCUAGCGAGUGUCUGCCCAAUUAUUCGGAAAAGUGAAUGGGAAGCUCUGUGUGCUGAGGAAAUUUGCACAAAUAAGUUAACGAAUGGAAGAGGUUGUAACGAGAAUCCCAGAAAACUCACAGAAGAAAUUGAUAAUUUCAAGGAUAUAAUACAAAUCCAAGGCUGUUGAGGAUAGGAAUCUUCAAUUAGAGAUAACGAUUAUACUGAAAGUUCAUUAAUCAUCAUGUAGGUAGGUAGAAGAGUUCCAAAAUUGACGAUCAUGAUUGCAGCCAAAGGAUAUUUCCGCUGUAUUACUAUGAUGAAAUUGCUGAAAUGAUGUUUAAUUUACCAGGG